AUGGCGAUUGUACAAUAGGGGUGGGUUUGUGAGUCCUGCACCCUUGUGGCAAAAUGGUCGAAGCCCCGUUGACGCACACUGUCAUAUUUGGGGGGAUGGCAAACGGUUGGGCAUUGUCGUUGGAGAUCGGGCCACUAUGUAUGCCGUGAGUGCGUGAAGUUUACAACGGGGCCGUUGCGCAAUCGACCCCAUCCGCGCCCGUGGCGGCGGCUGCGCCACGAUGGAUUACAGCGUCGUCGGGUCGAGUCGCCGGAGCCGCUCCCUAUAAAACGAAACAGAAAAGACUGCUGUGGCAAUUUGUGUGUGUCUGUUCCCUAAAAAAAUCGCGUUUUUACAUAAUACCUCAUAAGUUGAUUGUAAUCGCUACAGUCGGACGGUACCGUGAACCGGACGACCGUUUGCCAGGGUGUUUUCUCUUUGGGGAAAGUGUGCCGAUGGACAUCACUAUGGGUGUUGUGUGAUAAAAAUCCUUUUUCUUUCCACCCUUCUGUGCCCAAAAAACGGUGUGUGUGUGCCCCCAUAACACGGGGUGUGCUACGCGAGAGAGGCAAGAAAAAUUUGGGGCUGGUGCAUGAAGAGCAAAAUCGGGGCCAGCAGUCUCAUCGUCUUGGUCACAUCCAUUCCACUUGAGUCCGAUGGUGUGUGAAUUGGUGGCAUCCGAUGUAUUUUAUCGCCAAUCAUCUCGUCACCUCAAUCAGUCCCAUGGAAGUUGCCGUGCUGAGCAAAGCUCGCCUAUCUAUCUCUCAGCUUCAUCUCGCUCAAGUCAAUCUUUUGUGCUUCGUAUUCCACUAAGAAAGUGAUCAACUGUGGAAAGGAGAGAAUUAAGCAGACACACCGCAGCAAUGAGGAGAUAGUGCUUACACAUAGCAAGUGACUCUGAGCAGUGAAAGACAAACAAGGCUGGGGAGCCCGAGAAGUUAGGACACGAGAGUGAAUUUUUAAUAAAAAAUAAAUAAAUAAAUAAAACAAGAAGUUAAAUAGAAUUAAAAGUGCAAGUUAAAUAAAUUUAAAAGAAAGAAAUCAAUUUAAUAAAAACACGUGAAUCGAUUUAUAUACCGAUUAAUUUCUCACACAUUAAUACCCCUACCGACCGAGUAAAUUCGUAAUAUUCUAAGAGCAAAGUUGUGGCGUGUGUGAUUUUUUAGAAAUCUAAUUUAAAAAAGAAAAAUAAAUUGAAAGCACAUCGACAAUGAAGCUGAGAAAAUCCACGACAGAUAUGGCGGAUUCGGAUUUUCCGCUAAAACAGGGAUAUCCCGCUUAGACGUUUUCCAGUCGUUGCAUUCAGCGAUCCGAAGCAGACGAUAUGGGCACAGCAUGGCCUCAGAAGUAUCAUUAUACGACCAGAGGGCAUGCGAGUACCAGUGUAGUAAUGAGUGCUGCGGCCUCAACAGUUGCCCAGAUCACCAGGGGUGGUCAUGGGCAGGAGGAGAUGUGUGGCACACGGGGUGCGAUUCGUACAGUCAACAAAGGUUUCAGAGGCACCGAUGGAAAGGCCUCAUUGUCGCGCCAGUCAUCGUGGACAAUGGUGGGUGCGGAUGUGAGGAUGAGACGGUGGACAUUCGGGGGUUGGCCGUGGACUGGUGGAGCGGAUGGGAUACCGACUCAGGAGGCGAUAUGUCGAAAUAUAACAAAAGCUGCCAAUCGAAAUGUAAAAAAAAUGAAUCAACGGGUGCCACCUCAACCCCAAUCGAUGGGUUUGUGUGUACCGAUGAUGGGAAAUGCUGCCAAAAAGCCCGUGCAAAGCAUCGCUGCCAAUCCAUUAAUUCUACUAAUUGCCAUUAUGAGAUUUUCCGGCAUGAAGAGUGCGACCAGACUCUUCUGCCAAGGUUACAUCCCUCUGCCUUGCUUCCCAGCCACAUUCGUCGCCUCCAGCAGUCGUCAGAUACAUCAACGAAGGCAAAUCGAUCUGCGUUGGAUGGCGAAGGGCUGCCGAGGCGUUCUGGGGAAUUUGGGAAACUAUUUCGGACGCUUCUGCCGUUUCUUCUCUUCUUCGGCAUGCUUCCAUUUCUUCAAGCAGUGGCGUCCGAUUCCGACGCUUUUGUAGUCGGGGGUCCCAAUCCAAAACCCCAACCUUGGAUACCAGUCGUGGCGUAUUUGGAGCCCCUGCCGAGACCCAAGGCACCAAAAUGUGAUCAGACAUAUGUCUCGCGUUCGGGAGGACCGACGAAUGGAACAUUUACAGCACCAAUGCUCAUCAAUCCCUCGAAUCAUUCCAGACAGUGUCUCUACAUCUUCUUAGCGGGUCCUGGACAGCGUGUCGAAGUAGUUUUUACAUCAUUCAAUUUACGGGGAAAUCCACCAGAUGGGGCUGCCGUUGGGGAAAUACCAGCCUGUGGCACAGAAUACAUGGACGUUUACGCGGAGGUGCAAUCAUCAGAUCCAGCUGAUUUGAUCAAUUCUCCCUUUGGUGGUCGCUUCUGUGGUCCCAUACCGCCUCGUCGCCGUAUCUCGCUGUAUCGUGCUAUAGCUUUAUCGUUUUUUACCAAUAAAAACAUGACCACUCCGGAUGUGUUUGGGGGUCGCUACAGUUUCAUCAAUGAAUCGGAAUUCGAUGUUGGUCAGCCCGUCAUUGGAUCCCCCUGUUCCUACAUCGUCAACAUUUCCCAGAAUCGUACAGGAUCGAUAAUUUCACCCACUUAUCCAGGUGCCUAUCCCAAAGAUAUGUCUUGCACUUAUCAAUUUAUCGGUAAACGCAAUCAGCGUGUGCGACUGGAGUUUCGUGAUUUUGAUCUCUUCUUCGGUGGACCACACUGUCCAUUUGAUUUUGUGAAAGUUUACGACGGCAUUGAUAACACUUCAGCUCUCGUGGGCACCUACUGUGGCCAACAGAGAAAUCUCGUGCUGUAUUCUAGUGAAUCGAAUCUCUUUGUGCAUUUCUACACACUCCAACGAACGGCCAAUACACAGAAUCGUGGCUUCAAAGGAAUUUUCGAAUUUAGCGAAAGUUUUGUUAAAUUAGAUUUUAUACGUGAAAACGAUGGUGAACACAUUCGCGGGUCAGAGUGUGAUCAGAAGAUUCUCUCGAAAAAGGAAUCAUCAGGGUUUGUCUACUCGCCCAAUUAUCCAUACCCAUUUAUUCCGAAAGUAGUUUGUAGAUAUUUCAUUUAUGGUAUGCAAGAUGCACAAAAUUUGGAAAGAGUUAAAUUGGAAUUUUCCAUCUUUGAAAUACCAAAAAUGGAGCAUAAAGAAAAAAGCGAAUCGAAUUGCACAGAUGGAUACUUGAAAAUCUACCUAAAGGGACAAGAGACCACAGAUAGUUACGAUAAAUUCGACUAUGAAUUGUGUGGGAGUGAAAAUCCCCCGCCUGUUGUUAGCGAUGGUCCACGCCUUGUGAUGGUGUUUAGUUCGGGUGAACUCCAGGGACGUGGCUUUAAGGCGAAGUACUCCUUUGAGACGGAGUACAAGAUUCCCGGGACAGCAGCACCCGAUGGCACGUGUAGCUUCACAUAUCGCAGCACAUCGCGCAAGAAGGGUGAAUUCAAUAGUCCGCGCUAUCCUUCCAACUACCCCUCGGAAACUAAUUGUUCCUACCUCUUCCUCGCGACACCCAAUGAGCAAGUCACCAUCGUCUUUGACAACUUCAAGGUGAAGGCAGACAACGCCAACACCACGGGAGGAGCUUACGGCAUAACUGUAUGCCUCGAGGAUUGGCUGGAAAUGUAUGUGGUCUACCGCGAUGGGAGUGAUCGCUUCCUUGGCAGAUACUGCAGCCUCACAGCCCCUGGCCCAGUGGAGAGUCCACGUGGGGCUGUGGGGAUUCGAGUCUUCCUUCAUACUGAUCAAGAGAAUGUCGCGAGUGGCUUCAAGGCGCGCUACAUCUUCGAAGCGGCCAAGUCUGUCUUUGGAGACUGUGGCGGUAACUAUUCAGGUCUCGAUUCUGGGGUCAUUACGUCACCUAAUUUCCCCGCAAACUACCACGGACCCGGGAAGGGAUUGGCAUCACGUGCGUGCAACUGGUACAUUACAGCACGAAUUGGCUACAAGAUUUUGCUCAACUUUGAGAUGUUCUCCGUCGAAGGAGAUCCAGCUGGUCGCGGCUGCCCAGCUGCUGUAUUACGCUUAUGGACGUUUCCUGAGUCCGAUGCAGCUCCACAGGAGGUUUGCGGUGAGAAGGGUUCAGAUCACUGGCACUACAUGUCCCAGGGUCAAACAGCACGAGUCAGUUUUACAACCACCGAUAAAACUAUCGGUGCACAGGGCUUCCGAAUUGUUUGGACUGAAGUACAAGACACUGGCCCGGGGCCACCAUCGAGCAUAGCUAACAUGUGCGAGUCCACAUAUCACUUCCAGUGUGAGAAUUCCGGCUAUUGCAUCGCAGAAAAGUUGCGCUGCGACGGCAUGAAAAACUGUGGACCCGGAGAUGAUUCCGAUGAAAUGCAUUGCAUGUUCGCGGCACCAGACGAGGAUCACGGCGUCCUGAUCAUAACGUCCAUAGCCGCAGGCUCGUUCCUAAUCUGUCUCCUAUGCACGCUGUGUCAUCGAAGAAGAAAACGCCGUCAUCUUCCACGUUUGGGUCUGCAUAGGAAUGCUGCGCACUAUGAUUCAACAACAAGUGCCACAGAGCUUUCAAUUGCAGGUCUUGGCUCCAGUCGGCGUCACCUACAGGGUGGCAGUAGUUUGUCCGGGAGCUUGCACGCCAUCAACAGUGGAUCACUGCCUAUUCCACCAGCGCCUCUACCACCCACAAGUGUGCCACCUCACAUUUGCAUCAAUGAUGAAUUCGAGGAUCCAGACGAUCUCUUUGGUAACAUUGAUCGCUUCUCAAAUAAUGGCGAGAGUGUAUAGCAGGAGGAGAUGUUCAUCUCACCUUUUUUCUCAUAAUAAGCAAUUACGCCUUUUAGUUCUCAUAUACCUACAUAUAUAUGAAUUCCCCCAAAAGAAGGUACAGCGAGUAUGAAAAGGAGAGAGAAAGAAUUGAAAGGAAGCUCCAAUAUUUUAACUUUCAAUACCGUCUUUUCCAAUGUAUUAUUGCAAAAUCCUAAAUCGACAAAAUUGCGAUUGCCAAAAAGGACUUCCCAUUGUGUAAUACCUUCUCCCCCUCCUUACCCUAUUAAGUACAUUCAGUUGAAGACUUAUGAGAAGUCUCAAAAAAUCUCAAGGAAAUCACUGGAAUUGUCUUUUUGUGUUAAAUUAGUAAAAGAAAAAGAAGAAAAUCUAGCAAUGCAAUGUUUCUAGGAACAAUAAAUAGAGGAGGAGGAUGAAAAGAAAAUGCAGCAACUAUAAAAUCAACAACAGAGAUUAUAAGAAAAAAAAUACCGUAGCAGAAUAUUGUACGAAAAAAAGCAACCUCUACUUCCACUAAAUGUUUAAGGAAAAAAACCGUAAUUUUAAUAUUUGUAAUAAUGAAAGAAAAAGAAGAAAAAAAACUUAUUGUUAAUAAAAAAAAAAAAAGAACAUGAUGAUAUAAACAGCACUGAAAAACCCAAAAUAUAACUUCUAAAAGUAAAAAAAUAAAUAAAUAAAAUACAUUUGCAAAAAAAUGAAAAUUAAUCACAUCACUUUCAGCAAUUCUAUCAUUUUUAAAGAAUUUAUCAUUAUUUUUUUUCAGUGAGUAAAGAAAAAUUAUAUUUAAAUAAAAUGACUUUUUCGCAACAAAUAUCACAUUAAUUCUUUAUAAUAAAACUAACUACACCACUUAAUUAAAAAAAAAUCAUAAACUCAACACUAAAGAAUACACUAAUGUAGGUGAAUUUAAUAAAAAGAAAAUGACUAAUAAUAAAAAAAAUGAAUAACAAAAUAUAAUUGAGUGUUUAAUAAUAAAAAAAGGUGAAUAUGAAAAAAAUAAAGCUAAAUGAAGAUGUUUAAAAAAAAUGGUGAAAAAUGUAUUCAAAAAGAGAAUUUAGAAUUUUGUGUGGCAAUUUAAAGGCAAACAAAAAUGAAAAUUUUAUGAGAACCCUUUUAAUGGCAAAAAAAAUCACCAUAAUUUCGUUCAUUGAGUUUAUCUUUUUGUCCUUUAACUAAAUAAGCUAUUGUUGAUUUAUCUUUUAUCAAAAAACAAUUUUUAAUUCAAAACACUAACGAACUCCAAAACAAUUGACGCUUACGAGUAGUGAAAAGAAUGUAAUAAGUGUAGGAAAUAAAGAAAGAGAAAAUCUUCUAGUAUAGUUAUUUAACAAAAAAAAAUGAGUGAAAAAACUAUGAAAAUUAAUUAAUAAAAUGGAAUAAAUCCAGAAAUUUAUAACAAAAUGCGGCGUUUUAUAGUGAAAAAAACAUUUUUAAAAAAUCAAUGAAAAAUUAGACCCACAGAGAAGAUAAGGCGAUACUCCAUCGUUGUAUAAAAAGAAAAGCUUUUAAUUUGUUGUCUUCAGAAAUUAAAUCAAGAAUCUAGCAGAUAGAUUUGGAAUAGUUUGACUUAACAAGUUUCAGUCUUUCAUUAAAAAAGCAACAAGAAUAUUGAAAAGAAUAAAGCAAAGUUUUCAAAAUAUAACUUUCAGACAGAAGAGAUAUUGGACCCUAUUUUAAAAUUAAUAUUCAAAUUUUUCUUCCAUUUUCUAGGCUCAUUGAGUUCAUUUUUUAACUUAAGAUAAACAAUUUUAUUUGAAAAAUCUUAAAUUGAUUUAGAAAUCCUUUUAAUUCAAUUCUAUCAUAAAAUUAAAUGCCUAAUUACGAGAUAUUAUUAAUGAUAAAAGCCUAAUUGUGAAGAAAAUGUUAAUCUACUUUUCCCAGAAUGAUAAUUAUUUGAUUUCAAACAGUCUGUGUCAUUUAUUUCUCAUUUAUUUAACCACAUUUAGUGCAAAUUUAACCAAAACCAAAAUUAAAUUGGUCAACUUGCCCACUUUGGAUCUAUUAAUAAAUGCAUAAAAUGGGUAAUGGACAAUUUCAGUUUAAGCGUAAUUGAAGCUAUAAUUUGAUCUGAUUCGAUUUUUUAUGGAAAGGAAUCAAUUGAAAUGAAGUCUUAAUUAAAAAACGAGGGCUACAUUGUAAAAAAAAACGGCUAAGUCGGUUAACUUAGCCGUUUUUACAAUGUAGCCCUUGAACCGUUUUAAUGAAAUAUUUAAUUUUCAUCAAUGACCUAAUUUAAUUUUAGAUUUAAAUCCUUUAAAAAUUUAAAACUCAGAAUAUGAAAACUUCAAAGAUAAACGGCGAUAUGUAUAACUAAAUUGACCUCAAUAACCUAUUUUGUUUUAAACUGACCUUUAAAACAAAACAAAUUUUCUUGCCUAAUUUUUAGUCAACGAUCGAAUAAUUUUCUCUAGACUUUGUAUUAGAGCAUAAAUUAAAAAUCUCAAGUUUAUUUCAAUAUUCUGAAGAUUAUUGUUAAAAAAAAAUCUUUUUAUACAAUGAAAGGAUUGUGAUGGGAUUGAAUUUUCUGAAAUUAUUUCAUGAAACAUAAAAACAUAAAUUUAAAAAAAAUGUGAGAAAAGACUUCAUUAUAUCACACAAGAGAUAUUGAAAUAAUUCCGGAAAAAAUUGUCUACGGUUUUAUAGGAAAAAAACAAUUAUUAAGGAGUAGUUAAAUGAAGAAAAAAAAAAACACUAAUAAAAUAAAUCUUGUGAGAACAUGGGGCAAAUUAUUGCAGUAAAUAGUGGGAGGGUUUAAUAAAUUUAGGGUAAGGAUGCAGGAAAAUUCAAAUGGGCGAAUGCGCAAAUUUAUCAAUGAGAAUUUAUGAUUUUUAACUUUUUUGCAAAUUAAUCUCACUAUAAUAACUCUUUGGGUUUUUUGCACUGUGCAAAGUAAGAAAAAACGAAUCGUUUUUUUCUAAAAUGAGAAAAUAAUGUUUAUAACAUUCACAAACAUUAAAAAAAAAACGAUGAAAAUAAAACAUUAAUCGAUGAAGUUAUUUAACAAAAAAAAAUGAGAACAACAACACCAAAAGUUAUAAUAGAGCACGUGUUUUAUAUAAAUAUAUUUAUGGAAUAAAAGAUGAUAAAGAAAAAAAAUACAGUAACUAGUGAGAUCCCCCCUUAAAUAGCGAGACGAGUAAAGAAAAAAAAAUGAGUAUCUUCUGAAUAGAGUGAUGCGCGUAAUUAAAUGAUAAUUUUCACAAUAAAAGCCAAUAUAUAAAUUUUCAGCAUGAAAAGGAUAAUUUUGUUUCCUUUCUUGAAACAAACCAAAAGAAAAAAAAUAAUCACAUUUUUUAUGUGAAUUGAAUGUGCAAUUUUGUGAAUAUUGUUCAUCACGGCCAAACUUUUGCGUAACGAUUCCAAUUUCCAAUGGCUAUAAAAUAUUUUUAAAUUAUAUCUUAGGAAUGUAUGAUAAUUUCCACCCCCCCCCUGCCCCCUGAGAGAUAUGUCCUCCAGAGAAUGAUGAUUUGUUGUUGCUCUAAAGAAUUUCCAUUUAUUUCUCCCCUAUAGAAUAUACCUUUAAAACAUUUUCACAAAAGAACAGGGUAAAAGAAAAAUUUAAAACCUUGAAUGAUUAUUUUCACACAAUAAUUUCAACUUGAUCACAUUUUUCUUGAAUUUUUAUCUCACAUCAAAUUAAAAAAAAAUUAACAAAUAAGGGAAAAUGAAAGCACAAAUAUUCACAAAAAUACAUUUCAAUUUUUUUUAAACAAUAUAAUGUAAUUUAAUAUAGUUUUUCUUCACUGAUGCAGAAGCGACGCAACACACGAGAUUUAUCACCCCUAAUAUCAUUUAGUAAAAGAAAAAAAAAUGAAAGUUAUAUACUAAAAAAAACAACAAUAUGAAACACAGUAUGAUUAAAAAACCAAAAAAUGUAUGAUUAAGUAAAAAAAAUUCACAUAUAAUAUUAAUUAAAAAUAAAUAAAAGUAAACUUAUAAAAAAAAUUAGAAAAAGAAAAACAUGUUGCAGCGUUUUGUAUAAAAAUUCCUAAUGUUGUUUGUUAUAAUCAAAAUUAAACUGUUAUAUUAAUAAUAUAAUAAAAUAAAUAAUGACUAAACAUGUAAUAAAAGAAAAUGAAGGAGACAAUGCGAGAACAUAGCAAGUGAAGGGGCGGAUAAAGGAGAUUGAUGAUGUUAAUAGGAAAAAAAAUGUGAAACUUUGUUUUCUAUACCCAAUUAAUAUUGAAAUAUGUGGUGAAAAAAAAUACGGUAAUAAGAAAAAAAAACUGUAACGAGUUAACGAAAAUAUGGAAUUUAUUUGAUAUGUAAAUAAAUACUGUUUAAUUCGAAUGAAGAAAAGAAAUAAAAUUGUAUGUAACACAGAAAAGCUCUUUUAAUUUGCUC